UUCGGCAGGAGAAGCUCCAGCAAUACCCAAUCAAUUCCUGGAAACAGCAGAAGAGAAGAACUCAAAACAGAAAACAAUUUCUUCCAAAUCACUAUCGCAUUUGAUUCCUCUGAUGCAGAAAAAUCAAUAUAGCAUGUUUUGAAGAAGAAGAAAAGGAGGAAGGAGAGAGAAUGACGACGUCGUCGCGUUCGUUGAUUCAUCGGCUUGCGCCCUACUUCUCUGCCCGGCUUCGUCAGAACUCUAGGCUUCUCAGCUCAUCCUCCGCUCUCCAAGAACCUCAGCCAUCUUCGUCGGAAUCUCCGUCAUCAUCUCCUGACGCCGUACGUAUGACCGACAGCUGUGUUCGGAGAAUGAAAGAGUUACAAGCUGAGGAAGCUAGUCAGAGGUUGCUGCGUUUGAGCAUAGAAGCUGGUGGUUGCUCUGGGUUCCAAUACAACUUUUCACUAGAUAAUAAGAUAAAUGCUGAUGAUAGGAUUUUUGAGCAAGAUGGAGUUAAGUUGGUGGUCGAUAAUGUUUCCUUUGACUUCGUCAAAGGUGCUACUGUUGAUUAUGUCGAAGAGCUGAUCCGCUCUGCUUUCCAGGUGUCCACAAACCCAAGUGCAGUGGGUGGCUGCAGCUGUAAAAGUUCCUUCAUGGCGAAGUAGUAGUAUACUCCCUCCAAAUUUAGAGGCUGAAUGUCUAGCACUAAGCUAGCUUCACCACUUGAUUAUUCUUGAAAACUGAAAUUCGUCACUUUGUACUAAUUCUUUGUUGUAUAUUUCAACAAAACAAGAGUUAUUAGCCUGAAUAUGAUUAGAGAAUAUAAUUCCCACCUCACAAUUUUGUGCACAGCAGGAAGUGAAAUUGAUACUGUUAAAUAUGAGGUUGCUCUGUAUGAACACGGGAUAAAGCCCUUCAUUACUUUACUUAUAUGCCACUGGUAUUCUUGCUGGUGAAUA